UUAUAAAUAUCUCUUGAAAAAGAAGAAUUAAAUCAUAAUAAUGUUUUUUUCUAAAAGAUUGUCAAUUUGUUUAAUAGAAAUUGUGACUAUAAUAUUGAUGAAAACAUAUGCAGAUGAAAACUGUGAAACCGUUCCUACUGAAAUUCAUGUUACUAAAGAGGAAUUCGAUGACUUGGGAAGAUUAGUGAGAUCUUGUAGUGGGGAAGUAAAUGUAAAUAAAUGCGAAGGAUUGUGUAGCAGUCAAGUUCAACCAUCUGUCGUAACUGCAACAGGGUUUCUAAAGGAAUGCUUCUGCUGCAGAGAAAAUUUCUUACGUGAACGUCUGGUGACCUUAACACACUGCUACGACCCCGAUGGGCUGAGACUUGAAGAGGAAGACCGUGCCAUAAUGGAAGUGCGUCUACGAGAACCCGACAAUUGCAAAUGUUACAAAUGCGGAGACUUCAGCCGAUAACAUCUUAAAUAUCUUUAUAUGUUAUUUGAUUGAGUUUAUUUGUAAAUAACACAGGUAUUUAACUGCAUUAACACGAUAAUUUAUGAAAACUAAUGUCGAGGCCAUUUAAUUAUGUAGUGUGAUAGCACAAAAUUAUUUCAAAAAUAUUAGUAA